AUCUCAAAGGAUUUGUCUUAUUCCCAAGUUUUUAAUUACAAAGCAAUGCUUUCGGCUUUCUGCUACAUCUUCCAUGGAUGGCUUUGAAAGGUGGAAUACUUUAUAUUAUAUUUCCAGCUAAAUGUGUUGCACGUAAUUUUUUAAACCCCCUUGCACAUGAAGACGUAUGCUUCACAAUAAUGAUUAGAAAAAAAAAAAAAAAAAGGGACCAUGGGAGGUGUGCCAAAAUGUCGUAAUAAUCGGCCUCACAAGUCACAACAUGCGAACACUUGGGUUGGAGUUGCAAGGUGGCAAUAGUUUGACACAGUUGUGGGUAUGGAUACGUCCCAGUUUAUGUUUUGGACCUUUUGGUAAGAUGAGGAGAUGAGUCAGCCUAGGAAGAAGAGCCCUAGCAUGGCUGCCUUUUACACCAAUGCAAUACUAAAUUGAGAUGAGAAGGGACAAACAGGGGUGACUGUGCCUGUGCAUAAAGGGUCCCCCGUGAUUUGUCAAGCGUAGGGGCCGGGCCUGGCCUGAGGCUGCAAAGGAGCCAGGGCUGCCCAGAGUCCUCUUGUCCACGGGUGACCACUACCCAGUCCCCCCCACCCCCCCACCCCCCCCAAAAAAAACCAUAUGAUUAUAUCACAUGUAUUUCUGGACAAGCUUCUGACCUUUGCCUAAGAAAGGGAACCUCCAAGGCCUCCCAGGUUGUGCUUCCCAAUAACUCUCCAUUUAUGAAUUAUAUCAUCACAGCAAGGUUGCAGUACAAUUAUUAGAUGAUUAUGUGUGUAUCCCUGGGUAGAAUUUAUACUGAGUUGAAAGAGAAUGCAAACCUUAUAAACGGAUUCAGACUUAGUUUAUCACGGAUUUGUUUUAAGUUUGUAAUGUAAGAAUCAAAUUUUGAGAACUUUAGCUUGCAACACUAAAUGGAAUAUGAUAUACUUUUAGAAGGCAUUCCUUCUGUAGAAAGUUAGGAACAUAGAAAGGCAUUCAAAUUAUUUAUAGCUUUAAGAAAGGAAUUAGAGAAGGCUAAAGUUAAAAGUAAACAUCAGAUUCCUCCUUCCCUAUGAAGUUCCCUUAAUUCAGUUUAAAAAAUACCAGAACAUUUCUAUUAUUAUGGCUAAUCUCCAAAAUGAAGACUCUCCAUGGAUGUUCCAAAACAAAGUUCAGAUAGAUUUUGUUUCCUGGAACUUUAUCAUGCUUGUUCUUGCAAGAGCUGCAGUUUCUUUGUGUCAAUUUUCCUUCUGUUUAUAGUCAUUAUUGUGGGGGUGGCUACAUUAUGUGUUAUCUUCGUUAUAAAACCUCAAAAGCCCAUAUUCUCUCUUGAAUCUUUAAAAGUAGUUUCAUUUGAUCUCAAAACCUCUUCCAAUUCAACCCUCUUUGUCUCAUCUGUUGCCAUUUUAAUCCUAAAUGCUCAAAAUCCUAACAAGCUUGGCAUCAAGUACAGCCCUUCAUGGCUCCAUCUUUACUUUGAAGGUCUUCCUGUAGGACUAAUAGGAGUACCAGGAUUCAAUCAACCAGCUCAUAGUAACAAUACCGAUGUGGUAAUGGGAGCUUUGAUCCAUUGCUUGAACAUUACCGAUAUAAUUUCUGGCAGAUUAUCGCAAGAUAAGUCAACGAAUAAUGUCCUUCCGAUGAGAUUAUUAGGCGAUAUUAGUGUACAGCUGCAGUUGUUUCAUUUAACCAUGCCAAAGAUCAAGGUUUCCCUGGACUGCGACAUAAAUCUCGACUAUAGCAAGAUUUCAUUCGUAAACGAAAUUAACACCAUUAGAUUAGCUCAAAAUUAUACCGCUUCAUUUCCUGCUGAUUCCAAUUCUUUCUUCAACAAAUGUGACAUGGCUAUCUACAUAUGAGGAAAUUUUCUUUCAAGUAUGAGAAUAUUACAGAAGAAAUGAAUGAGCAACUUUAGAGGCAAAGUAAAUUAAUUGCCUAAACUUUGGUCUAACCAUUCAUGUGCUGUGCCUUUCACAAUUAUGUCAGCUUUGGUUAAUUUGUCGCUAUCAAUGGAUUGAUUUAACACCAAAAAAUUGAAUGCAAUUUCAUUUGCCUUUUUUGACCUACCAGAUUGUGUCAUUCUCAUCCACAAAAUUUAAAAUCAACAAUGCUCUCACCUCUCCUCCUCUCUACUUUUACAGCAUAUGAGAAAGCAAAAGUCAUGAAUGAGGACAAAGGCACUGGUCACAUCCUUCAAAUCAAUAUAAAGAUUCUCAAAUGUUAAUCGCAGGGUAUUUGCCAAAAUAGCUUUCGUACUCAGAUGACCAAGUUGAGAAUUAUUUAUGUAUAAUAGAAAUGUCUGAAAAUAUUGCUUUCCUUUGCUUGUACAUUUUGCUAAUUCUAUAGUGGAAUCCAUGUAAGCUAAAUCCUCCAGGGAACUAACGUAGGCUACAUUGAUCUAAUUUGCUGCUAGUGCCACAACUUUUGCUAAAUGGGUUAUGUUCAGCACUUCGAAAGAAGUUGCUUGUUUAGAUGUAAUAUCCCCAACCCAUCUCGUCGAGUGUAGUUCGACGUUGGAUUUGUCUUUUUAACAACUUUAAAUAAUGAGUUUGGAGCAUGUUCUUUGGUUCAAACAUAUAUAUCAUCU